GCCUCAGGUAUUCCUGCAUAGCAAUGCAAAACGGAGGAACACGGGUAUUCCAAGUAGAGGGAAAGGGCUAUGACAGCACCUCAGUUCCCUUCCUUCAUGGUCACAUCUCCUAGUUAGCUGUUUUAAAGAUGUUUUUGCCAGUCCUCUUUCCUCUGUGGCCACUUGCUAAUGCCCCAUGUUCAGUAGCUCCAGGCCUACUGAACAUUGCUAAGGAAGUUGGAGAUUCUGGUCACAUGGAGUAGUGACAGGAACAGAAGUCAGCCAUAAUGGCAGGUGAAGAAAUUAAUGAAGACUAUCCAGUAGAAAUUCACGAGUAUUUGUCAGCGUUUGAGAAUUCCAUUGGUGCUGUGGAUGAGAUGCUGAAGACCAUGAUGUCUGUUUCUAGAAAUGAGUUGUUGCAGAAGUUGGACCCACUUGAACAAGCGAAAGUGGAUUUGGUUUCUGCAUACACAUUAAAUUCAAUGUUUUGGGUUUAUUUGGCAACUCAAGGAGUUAAUCCUAAGGAACAUCCAGUAAAACAGGAAUUGGAAAGAAUCAGAGUAUAUAUGAACAGAGUCAAGGAAAUAACAGACAAGAAAAAGGCUGGCAAGCUGGACAGAGGUGCAGCUUCAAGAUUUGUAAAAAAUGCCCUCUGGGAACCAAAACCAAGAAAUGCAUCAAAAGUUGCCAAUAAAGGAAAAAGUAAAAGUUAACUUUUUGGUUUCGAUGUACACAUAUUCAAAAAGUACAUCUUUUUUUCCCCCCCACAAAAUAAUUCUGUGGCAGGACAAGGUUUAAAUGUAUUUCUUAUUGAAUUAAUGUGUAAAUUUACAGUAAAUAUGUAAAACUAAAUACUUUCCUUUCCAAAGAUUGUUAUCUUUAUUGAUUUGCACUGAGGAUUUUAACAUUGUGAUAUAUUAUAUAUUUAUAAUUUAUCAUCUCUUUUGAUGAGACUCUUAUUUCUUUAUAUAGGUCAAUCUUGCAAAUACCAUUUUAUAAGCAGCUGUGAAAUUUAAGUGAAAUGUUCUUUGUAAACAUUUGUACUAUUUUAAAUGAAUAAUGACCUUAUGAUGUAUGCUAUCUGUAGGCCGAAAUUAUAGGUACAUCUGUUUUCACUAUAUGACAUUAAGAAAGCAUGAAAUGACUUAAGUGUUCAUUUUUUUCUGUAGUUAUUUUAUCAUGUUUUCAUGAUUUUAGGAAUUACUGCUUUGUUGAUACUCAAAGUGUGAAACUAAAACUUUAUGGUUGUACUUUAAUUCUUGGCAUGUUGCCUCUAUGUCCCAUUUAAAAUAAAAUACAUUCUCAUUAACUUUAGAUGGGAAAUAAGGUUGUGUGUUGAUGGAUGAAUUUUGGCAUGAUGACCAUACUCUCUCAAUAAAGGCUGAAAAUGUUGUAUAACUGA